UCUCGUACAACUCCAUUUCUUAAUUCCUCAACAAUUCUUAAUUCAGUCAAACAUUUUUUGAAAGAUAGAGAAAUUUCUACUUGUUCUGUUCAUUGCACAGAGCCUAGGGUCACCGAAUUGUUCCUGAGUCAAGACACCGGUAUCGACGCAUCAUCAAUAACUUUCUUUCCAAUUUGAUACAUUCCUCACACCUUGAUUAACCCUACAUUUUAAUCACACUCGACCUCGUCAUGACUCCCACAGACCCCAAACGAGCAUGGUGGAAAGAGUCCUCCGUAUACCAAAUCUACCCCGCCUCAUUCAAAGACUCCAACGGCGACGGCCUCGGAGACAUCCCUGGCAUCACCUCCAAGCUAGACUACAUCAAAGCCCUCGGCGUCGACAUCGUCUGGACAUGUCCCAUCUAUAAAUCUCCCCAGGUGGAUAUGGGAUACGACAUCUCCGAUUAUAGAGAUAUCCACGCUCCCUAUGGGACGCUGAAAGAUGUUGAUAAGUUGAUUGAAGGCUGUCAUAGUCGGGGGAUGAAGUUCUUGAUGGAUUUGGUUGUUAAUCAUACUUCUGAUCAGCAUAAGUGGUUUAUGGAGGCGAAGAAGGGGAAGGAUAAUCCGUAUCGGGACUUUUAUAUUUGGAAGAAGCCGAAAAUUAAUGAUGACGGCUCAAAGAGCCCUCCGAAUAAUUGGGGAAGUGUAUGGGGUGGAAGUGCAUGGGAAUAUGAUGAAGCUUCAGAUGAAUAUUACCUACACAUAUUUGCACCUGAGCAACCAGAUUUGAACUGGGAGAAUCCUAAAGUCCGUGAUGAAGUUCAUGACAUUGUUCGUUUUUGGCUUGACAAAGGAGUUGAUGGCUUCAGAAUGGACGUCAUCAAUUUCAUCAGCAAAGUUCCAGGACUUCCAGAUGCCCCGAUUACGAGACCUGAUGUAGAGUUCCAGCCUGGUGACAAGUACUUUGCUUGCGGACCCAGGUUGCACGAAUACUUGCAGGCUAUCGGCAAGAUCUUGAAGGAGUACAAUGCCUUCUCCGUUGGUGAGAUGCCAUGUGUAGAUGAUCCAAAAGAGAUCCUCAAGGCAGUGGGUUUUGGUCGUGGAGAGCUAAAUAUGAUCUUCCACUUCGAAAUAGUCGACAUGGACAUCGGUGACAGAGGAAAAUUCUCCCCUAGAGAAUGGCAAAUGUCAACUUUGAAGAGCAUUGUCAACGAAUGGCAAACAUUCAUGAUUGACAAUGACGGAUGGAACGCAUUGUAUCUGGAGAAUCACGAUCAAAGCAGAACCGUUUCUCGUUGGGGAUCCGACCUACCAGAAUUCAGAGUCGUUUCUGCGAAGAUGUUUGCCACCUUUAUGGCCCUGCAAAGUGGAACUGUAUUCGUGUAUCAAGGCCAGGAGCUAGGAAUGGUCAACGUCCCUCUAUCUCGAGACAUCUCCGAAUAUCGAGACCUGGAAACACUUCAAGCCUGGGACGACAUGAUGAAGAGAUAUCCAGACGACAAAGAGCUACACCGCAUCACAAAGCAAGAAAUCCAGAAGAAGUCACGAGACAACGCCAGAACACCAAUGCAAUGGAGCAAAGAGAAAUACGCAGGUUUCUCAGCCGCCAAGCCUUGGCAGAAAGAGAACGAGAGCUAUGUCGAUAUCAACGCCGAAUCCCAAGUCGGGAUCCAUGGGAGUGUCUUCGAGUACUGGGCCUCGAUUUUGCGUUUGCGGAAAUCGCACAAGGAUAUCUUCAUCUACGGCGCUUUCGAGAUGGUAGAUAUGCAAAAUGACAAUGUGUUGGCGUAUACUCGUACGUUUGGGGAAGAGAAGGUGCUUGUUGUUGCGAAUUUCAGGAAGGAGUCUUUGACUUGGACGCUGCCGAAAGAGAUUAGCUUGCAGAAAGAGAAGGUGUUGACGUCGAGUUAUGGUGGGAUUAAUAUCAUGGAUGGGGAGUUGUCGUUGAAGCCGUUCGAAGCUUUUGCUUGCUUUGUUGACUAGAUAGACUUUUAGAGGAUCAUUUCAAAAGCAUUCUUUAUCGCCAGUGGCAG